GCGCAUGCAGAACCGGGACGCCGCUUUCCUUGAGGCAGCGGCGCGGCUCUUCAUCCAAAACGCCGCAGAGUUGGUGGAGGUGGAGAUCCUCAAUGUCCUGUACUGCUAUGCGAAGUGCAACUACCUGAACAUCGGCCUUGUGCAUCGCAUGAUUCAG